AUGGUCGCAACAGCAGACAACUCCGGCUCUUACGAAGCCGUCCCCAAAACCACCCCUCAGAAACCAUCAACAUGCAAGAUGCUUCAUACCGAGGGCAGUCGCAUCAUCGACCCCUCUGGCAACACCGUCAUCCUCAAAGGCGCUGCCAUUGGCGGCAUGCUAAACAUGGAGAACUUCAUCACCGGUUACGCAGGCCACGAACAUCAGCACAGACAACAAAUGGCAGAAGUCAUGGGCGAAGAAAAAGCAAACUUCUUCUUUGACAGACUUCUGUACCAUUUCUUCACAGACUCUGAUGCCGCUUACUUUGCAUCGUUGGGUCUGAAUUGUAUCCGCAUCCCCUUCAAUUAUCGUCAUUUUAUUGACGAUAUGGAUCCUGAUAAUCUCAAGAAAUCGGGUUUUGACUGGUUAGAUCGCUGUGUGGAUAUCUGUGGAAGACAUAACCUCUACGCUGUUCUUGAUCUCCAUGCCGUUCCUGGAGGUCAGAACCAAGACUGGCACAGUGAUUCUGGUCUUUCACGCGCGGCGUUCUGGGAUUUCAAGGACCAUCAAGACAGAUCUAUCCAACUAUGGAAAGCUCUCGCAGCUCACUACAAGGGAAACCCCGUCAUCGCAGGCUACAACCUCCUCAACGAACCCGCCGACGAAACCAAAACCUCAUCGGGCCAAUACGGCGCCAAGCUCGUAAAAUGGUACGAGCGCACCGAGAAAGAAGUCCGCGCCAUCGACCCCGAUCACAUGAUCUUCAUCGACGGAAACACAUACGCAAUGGACUUCCGCGCCUUUCCUGAGAACCCCCUCCCCAACGCUGUGUAUGCCUGUCACGACUACAGCUUCUAUGGUUUCCCCCUUGGGGAGCAGUACGAGGGUACGGACGAGCAGAAUACGAAGCUGAGGAAGAGCUUUGAGAGAAAGGUGCAGUUUAUGAGGGAGAAGAACGUGCCGAUUUGGAAUGGAGAGUUUGGUCCUGUUUAUCAGAAUGAGCAAGAAACUGACGUAAACUGGUCUAUCUGGCUGUACAAAGAUGUCGGUUAUCAAGGCAUGGUAUACGUCGAUCCCGAAUCCCCCUACAUGCGUCUCAUUGCACCCUUCAUCGCCAAGAAACAGCGUCUGGGUCUUGAUUUCUGGGGUGUUGUGAACAAAGACGGCGUCAAACAUCUCUACGAGCCAUUUAUUCAAGGAUUGAAGGAGGAAGUGAUGGAGAAGUACAGAGAUACCAAGUAUCCCAAGAUUUGGACUUUUGAACGACAGUUUGAACGGGUAAUUCGGGAGUGCUUGAUGAGUGAGUAUGUGGGAUGGGAGUUGGCAGAGCUGUUUAGAGAUAAGAGCAAGGAGGAGUUGGAGGAGCUGGCGAGUAGCUUUUCGUUUGAGAAGUGUAUUAAGAGAGAUACGCUUGUGGGGAUCCUGAGUCAUGAUUCGAUGAUCUCGGCUGGGAAGAAGUAG